AUGGGCACUCAAAGGUUGCAAUUCCCAAGUCGUGUAUUCGAUCUUAUACAUUGUGUGCAAUGUCGAGUACCUUGGCACGAAGAAGGUGGUAUGUUGCUUUUGGAAUUGAACCGAGUUCUUAGACCGGGUGGUUAUUUUGUAUGGUCUGCCACACCUGUGUACCAAACUCUUGAGGAAGAUGUGGAGACAUGGAAGGCAAUGAAAGCGUUAACUAAGUCCAUGUGUUGGGACCUUGUGACCAUUAAAAAUGAUACUUUGAACCAAGUUGGUGUUGCCUUCUUCCGCAAAACUUCUUCCAAUGAAUGUUAUGAGAAGAGAGAGCAAAGCGAACCUCCAAUGUGUAAAGAUGAUGAUGAUCCAAAUGCUUCCUGGUAUGUACCUCUACAAGCAUGCAUGCAUAAGUUGCCUGUUGAGCAGACAGAGAGAGGGGCUAAAUGGCCAGAAGUUUGGCCGCAGAGGCUGCAAAAAGCCCCAUAUUGGCUAAACGAUGCAGAGGGUGAAAAAUUAUCCACUCAAAAAUUUUGUAGCAGAUAG